AUGCUCAUCUUGUCCCUGGUGCAUCACUCUGAGGAGUUGUCCAUUCAUGUUCAUGGAGGACCAUGGGGUGACUGGAAAGGAGUUCAGAUGUGUCCCAGGAACUCCCGUGCUUAUGGAUUCAGCCUGAAGGUGGAGAGGCCCCAGGGAGGCGGUGAUGACACAGCCCUCAAUGGAAUUCGUCUGUACUGCAAACACGGGACAUACAUAAGUGUAGUGGAAUCCGGUGGAAAUUGGGGGGAUUGGACUUCAAGGAAAGCUUGUGCAUCUGGCUAUCUGGAUUCUUUCCAACUACGUGUGGAGGGCGGUCAAGGCUGGGGAGACGACACAGCCGCCAACAACAUGAACGCCCGCUGUAGCAGUGGACAAAUUCUUCAUGGGGUGGGCGGACGCUGGGGGGAAUGGGGCACAUGGAGCUCAAGAUGCCAAAAUGGGGUUUGUGGUCUCCAAGUCAGGGUGGAGAGCCCACAAGGAGGGGGUGAUGACACCGCCCUCAAUAAUGUUCGACUGAUCUGUUGUUAG